AUGGAUCUCUUCUCUACUAGUCACAGCAUGGGCCUACAGACUACAACUGUCGCGUUUCUCGUCUUGUGCGCAGUGGUGCUGAGCAAUGGACAGAAACUCGCAAAGCUCCGCCGACCAAUCACCCUCUUGUCCAAGCAACAGCUUUUCAUUCCUCCCAUAUCCAUCCCGAGGCCUACUUUGCCACCACCAACGGCAGCAACAGCUUCCCAGGUAGAAGUGCAGCAAGCUGAGGUGCACUCCGAGGAGUUCCUGCCAUCGCACGAGCUACAAGGUCCGCCGCCUACCAUCCUUCAGCCACAAUUCCAAGUGGAACCUCAACCGCGUCCUCAGUUCCAGCCUCAACAGAAGCAGUUCAGGUCAUCGGGAAGGUCAAACACCAACAAGGAGUUCGUUACGCCCAUUCCCAUCAUCAGUCUCAGCAAACAGCAGAGUCUUGACGGUAGCUACAAAACAAGCUAUGAAACAGCAAACAGCAUUCAAGCCGAAGAGACAGGCUUCUUAAAGAACAUUGGUGUACCUGAACAAGAAGCCUUGGUUCAAUUCGGUUCCUACUCAUAUACCGACCCCGAUGGGAAGCAGGUCUCUGUAAGCUAUACCGCUGAUGAAGGUGGAUUCAGGGCUACAGGAGAUCACCUACCCACACCUCCUCCAAUUCCUCCAGAAGUUCAGAAGGGAUUAGAUAUCAUUUAUGAGUCCAUCAGGCAGGAAGCGUUAAGACAAGCUAAAGAGAAGAAACUGAAGAAUCAAAAACUUGAAUCUCAAAAUUAUCCUGUGGAUAAUACAGAAAAUGGAAGAUUACAGCGUCAAUAAAUUAACGAAUAUAUGGUUUAUAAUUAAAGCACAGACUGAAAGGGUGGAAUGAAGACGUACUAUCAAAUGUUAUGUAUUACUUAGAUUUAGUGAAUAUAUAUUAAUGUUUUUAAAGAAUAAUCAGCGAUGUAUUAUUUUGUAAAUAAAAUAUAUAAAUAUUGUUUAUGUUACGAAUAUGUUUAAUUAA